CAAAUUGAAACAACAGAAGAACGUGUGCGAGCAGCGUGAGAGGACAAAGGACGUGCACGUUGCAGACUUUUUUUUUUGUUUUUUAAAAGACUUUUCGCAAACUUGGAAGCGGUCAACAUGGAGGAAGCCAACAAGCUGCUCGGCUCAGGGAAGAAGCACCUGGUGAUGGGGGAGGUGGUGGAGGCGGUCAGGCUGCUGCAGGAGGCCUGCAGCAUUUUAGCUAAAACAUACGGAGAUACAGCAGACGAGUGUGGUGAGGCUUUUUUCUGGUGUGGCAAAGCACUGCUAGAUUUGGCGCAAAUGGAGAACUCUGUCCUGGGUAAUGCUCUGGAAGGAGUGCCUGAGGAGGAUGAAGAGAAACCCAAAGACUGUAAUGUUGAGAGCACAGAAAACAUUGAUGAAAAAACUAGAGAUGAGUUGAGAGUUAAAGUAUAUGAUGCAAUGGCAGAGAAGAAAACUGAGGGGAAUGAGGGAAGUGAUGCAGAGAACACCACUGACAGAAAGCUGGAUCAGGCUGUGGCGGAACAAAAGGCAGAUAAAAAGACGGGUGAUGUUGGUGGAAACAAAGGGGCUGAAUGUGAAGAUGAAAACCUUGAGAAGGAGGCUGAAAUUCAGGCUGAACCUGCAGAUAAAGAGCCAUCAGAGGAUUCUGCUAAAGUCAAUGGAAGAAAAUCACCUGGAAGAGAAGAUGACUCGGCAGAGAAGAACCAUGAUGGAAGCAAAUCACCUGGAAGGGAAGACGACUCGGCAGUGAAGGACCAUGAUGGAAGCAAAUCACCUGGAAGGGAAGACGACUCGGCAGUGAAGGACCAUGAUGGAAGCAAAUCACCUGGAAGGGAAGACGACUCUGCAGUGAGGGACCAUGAUGGAAGCAAGUCACCUGGAAGGGAAGACGACUCUGCAGUGAAGGACCAUGAUGGAAGCAAGUCACCUGGAAGGGAAGACGACUCUGCAGUGAAGGACCAUGAUGGAAGCAAAUCACCUGGAAGGGAAGACGACUCUGCAGUGAAGGACCAUGAUGGAAGCAAAUCACCUGGAAGGGAAGACGACUCUGCAGUGAAGGACCAUGAUGGAAGCAAAUCACCUGGAAGGGAAGACGACUCUGCAGUGAAGGACCAUGAUGGAAGCAAAUCACCUGGAAGGGAAGACGACUCUGCAGUGAAGGACCAUGAUGGAAGCAAAUCACCUGGAAGGGAAGAUGACUCUGCAGUGAAGGACCAUGAUGGAAGCAAAUCACCUGGAAGGGAAGAUGACUCGGCAGUGAAGGACCAUGAUGGAAGCAAAUCACCUGGAAGGGAAGAUGACUCUGCAGUGAAGGACCAUGAUGGAAGCAAAUCACCUGGAAGGGAAGAUGACUCGGCAGUGAAGGGUGCCAUUGAUGGGAGCAGCGUGCCUGAGAGCGGAGACAAGGGAGAUGGUGCCUAUGAGGCCAAAGAUGAGAAUGAAUUGCUGGAAAAGCAAGAAGAAUCUGUGAGCAAACCAGAAGGAGCUGAAGCAGGUGAUGAAGAGGGAGGAGAAGAUGUGGAAAUGACAAGUGACACAGAAGAUGGAGAGGCUGUUGAGAAGGACAGUGACGAGGAAGAGGUGGGGAACUUGCAGCUGGCCUGGGAGAUGUUGGAAGUAGCCAAAGUCAUCUACAAAAGGAAAGACACAAAGGAGGAUCAGCUCAUGGCAGCACAGGCUCACCUGAAACUGGGUGAAGUUUCUGCUGAAUCAGGAAACUACACUCAAGCACUGGAGGAUUUUCAGGAAUGUUUGAAGCUGCAGCUGAAGUACUUGGACUCGGACAGCCGUCUGCUUGCUGAGACGCACUACCAGCUCGGUCUGACCUACAGCCUGAACUGUCAGUCCAGCCAGGCCGUCGAGGAGCUCAACGCCUCCAUCUCUGUUAUAAAGAGCAGGCUGGACAAACUGCAGGAACUGAUCGAUAAAGCUGAGGGCCCUGAAGAUCUGCCAGACGAGAGGAAGGAGAUGGAGGAGCUGAAAGCACUGUUGCCAGAGAUACAAGAGAAGGUGGAGGAUGCCACAGAAGCCUUGAAGACCUCAAGCAGUGAUGCUGAAGCUGUCAAAGAUGUCCUGGGUGGUGGUUCCACAUCCUCAGGAGUCCCCGACUCCACUGUGAAAAACGAUGACUUCUCAUCCAGUUCUGUAACGGAGACCACGUCAGCUGCUGGAGUCGCCGCUGGAACCGGACAGACCUCUGCGGUUCCUGUGACUGACAUCUCUCACUUGGUCAGAAAGAAGAGGAAACCAGAGGAGAGUCCGAUGAAGGCGAGUGAGGAGAAGAAGGCGAAACAUGAUGAUGAUGAAAGCGAUGCUGAUGCUGUGGAGGAACCUCAUUCUAACAGCGUGGAUGCCAACGCCAGCAGUAUGAAUGUGGAGAGUCUGUGAAGAGGAUCUCCACCUGUUUUGUCUCCAGCCAGUGAAGGACUGACACCAAACUCCAGAUGUUCCACAUGUUUUCUUGUAAAUAUGUUGAUCUGUUCCCAAGUCUGUUGUUGUUCACUUGUGUAACCAUGAAAGUUCAUUAAAAGUUAGAUUUGAAAACUU